AUGCCACUAACAAUUGAUGCCGGAAGCGAUGCACCAGAUACACAACGGAUCACUCGAGGCGGGCGCCGAAAGCGCAACGAAUACGCUCUCGUCGCCUGUAUGCUAUGCAAGUCUCGAAAAGUCAAGUGUGAUGGCCAAUGGCCCUGUCAGCGCUGUAUAAAGCGUGGGGUGGAGUGCUCAUACCCACGUCGGGGCAACAUACCCAGCAUGAGCCCAAUGCCCACCGAAAUGAGCUUAGAGAUGGAUUACUCACCGUCAACAGACGACGCAGUCACGCCUCACAUAUCGGCAACCUCCGGCAUCACGAUCUUGAAAGAAGCACCGCGCCAACCUGUGAAAACCAGUAGGAGUCUAGGCACCUCGCUACAAAGUCCUGCGCCUACCGAAAAAUCACCCACGGCACGUCGCUCAAGCUUUGUUGAUACCUUCAGCUUGGCGAGAUCAUGCCUUCAAGCUAACGGUAUCGUGGACGAAGUCGAGGAGGACGUCCAAGGUUCAAUGAGCAAACCAGGUCUGACUUUAGAAGAAUGCCUUGCUUCCUCAAGUAACGACUGCUUGGAUUCGGUUCUGGACCUUGGCUAUGACAGAGCUAGACACCUGUUCAUCACCUUUGCUAAGACUAUUUUUCCGAUUUACCCGUGUGUUGAUCUUCACUCGGCAGAAAUGGUCUUGAAUACAGUCUUUGGGCGUUCAGCGAGCCAUACAUCACAACCUGCUUCGAUGACUUUGACGAAGAUUGAUAUUCUCAAAGCUCUCUUGGGACUAACUCUCCUCAUUGAAGAAGACAGCACAAGCCCUUUAGCACGUCAUCUACAGCGAUAUGUCGAUUGGUCAGUGGAAAAGGUCUUGAUGGGUAGAGGCCCAACUAUUGACGAUGUUGCCAUGGCUACUUUGAUGGGGUUGUAUUCAUUCCACAAAUCGGAACACAUAAAGGCGUGGCGACUCGUCAGUCUGGCAUCGAGAACAUGCUUCGAACUUGGUCUCCAUCGAGCGCCAGAAGUGGCAGUUAAGACCGUUGGAGUUCCUGGUACUUUUUCCCCACGAGAGUUAUUCUGCUGUGUAUACGUACUAGACCGGACGUUUUCCUUUGCUACCGAUCUUCCUCAUACCACCAAAGACGAAGACAUAGAUGAGAGGUGCUUUGAUCUUGGCACCUCGUCUCCGUUCCUAGUCGUGACCAUGGAAUACACUCGUCUCAACGCGGAGAUAUUAGGAUUGACGAAGGCUUCUACCAAGACCGUUACAGAAAGUCGGCAGCAAAAGGAGUACCUAGAUUAUAAGUUACAACGGCUGCGCGACCAAUUCCGGGACCUCACGACCGCCGCCCGUUCUACAACUCUACCCAGCAGCCCUUGGAAUCCUCUUCAAAACGAGGUCCUUAUGAAUGACCUAGAAACCUUUCUAGAAAUACGCAUCUGUCAUUCUAGGAUACUGCUACGCAAACCCCUACUUCACUCGUACAAAGGCGAUCGGGACAAAACAGCAGCCGCAGCGGUGUGUAUUCAGUGCGCAAAAGCUACCAUCUUUCUGUGCUCUGGUGUAAUCAACAAGGCAGUCCCGCUGAAGUGUCUCCGAAGUUCGUACGAAUACUUUACUGUGUCAUCACUCGCUAUAAUACUGUUGGUGGUUUCUCAGGACCCAGAAACCUACGGGCCAGAGAGCAGAGACGCCUUUCAAGAGGCGAUUAGAAUACUUCAGGUAUCCAAGUGUCGAAAUUUUGCGUGCGGGAAUUUGUCCUUUACUUUUGAGCAGCUUCUCAGAAUUGGGGAGCGGCUUCACAUGCCGAAAGAUAGCAACACCCCAUUAUUGCAGGAUUUUGGAGAUAUUGAUAUGGGACAGCUCUUGGAGGAUUCACAAUGUGUUGGAGCUGGAGAUUUGCAGACUCUGGGUGAUAGUAUUUUCGGACUAUUUGGGAUGAAUGGAAACUGGCCUGCCAAUAAUAGCUAUAUGUGA